AUUGCAUACAGUUUCAGGUGAACCGAAAAUCAUAGCGAGUUUUCAAACACUGGGCUAGUGACUUCGCAACCUUCGACCAAGCCGCUUCAGGAAGGAGACUCAAAAUGGAUUCUGAAGUAAAAGACGUGUUGACGCAUCUUGACUUCUCUACAGAGGUAACCAUCCUGUUCCAACGUUGGCACGUCACAACGAUCCCCGGUUUGGUCCUCAGCUGUGCUUGUCUCGUCAUCGUGGCGUUUUUCUACAGGUUGCUCAAAGUUUUAAUAGGGAUUUAUGCCGAGGAGGGCGCCGCCAGCGACGAGAAUCCUCCCCAGGAGACGGCCGACGAGAAGAAGAGAAUUUUAGGAGAAAUUGGCAAGCGUAAGGUCCAAGUGGCACGAUUUUUGAGUAAGCAUAACGUCAUCCAGAUACUUCUGAGCCUGGCCAAGAGAGUACUCGGAUAUGCUCUCAUUCUCGUCGUCGUGACGUAUAAUGGUUGGCUGAUUUUGAGCAUUUUGACUGGUCUCGUGUUAGGCCACGUAGCGGAGCUGGCGUGGAAACGAGGCCGAAACGUGACGACCGAUGACGAUGUUGACGACGAAGGAUAAAGCGCGCCAUCAUGCGGCAACAUAAAUCCUGCCGCACCUUCAAGAGAACAACAAAAAUGCCACGACAGGACUUCACAAGCAACUUCUACAUGAACUAUUCUCUGAAUGUAAAAGAUUUACUUCACGACCUGAAGGUCACUAACGCGUAUCAUACCAGUGCACAUUGUUUGAAAAAAUCAAGUGCUUUUUAUUCACUGGACUAACAAGGAACCUAUGGGUGCGCCCCACCAAUUUCAAAACGAGAAUUCACGCGGGUAAUCAGCAUGAAAGUAGACAUGCAACUCCUUUUGAAAACAGGAAAUUGCUUGACAGAAAAAAAAAGGGGGGGGGUUGUGUAAAUAGAGCCCAGGAUUAACUCCUUGGUUGAGGGCUUCCGUAUAAGGGCUCACUUGAAAAAAAGAAAUACGGUUGAGAAAUGGGUGCUAAAAGCUUGAGCAUGGCCUGAGACAGUGGAAGGAUGUCAUAUGUAAAAUGGCUUCAUGUUAGCUCGGGAACUAUCAUUUGUUGGGAGGUUUCUUUGGUUAUUAAUGAUUAUCUAAGAAUGUAAUUUGCUAACCCAUCAAAAAUUGAAAAGAAAUGGGAAGAUGAAGGACCAGACAAUAAUUGAACUUUUGUUGGAGAAACCCCUGUGGUGUCGGCUUACAUGUACAAUGUACUUACGUUAUCUGGCCCUGGUCUUUGUUUAUUUUACAAUUUUUUCAAUCGGGCCGGGUUGGUAGACCCCUAUUACAUAAUGACGUCAUACUUUAUUUUGUGUGCUUUCCUAUAGGGGCUCGAUGCUAUAGGAACGAGCAUAAUUAUGUUGACCAAAUUCUUGACGUCACUAUGUUACAGGUCUUUGUCGCACUAUGCCAAUCCAAAGCAUGGUUUCAGCCCGGCUCCAGCCAUGAUAUGCAACGAGCAAAUAAUGAUGUAAUACCCCCUUUCAAUAUCUUGACAAUUUGGGACUUUCACAGGUUAUUUUAUAGAAAAUGCACCAAUUUUUGUGUCAUGCAUGCCUUGUGCAUAAAGGGCUAGUGGAAAGUUCUGUUCCCCUACGCCGAGAAAGGGGGAACCCUUGGGCAGGCAGAGGGCCUGGGUUGGUAGGGGGUGUGAAGUCUAUAUCCUCCGUCCACUUUAUACCAAGAGAAAGGGCUAUUGAGUAAUCCCCACUUUUUCGUGGUGGGAGACAAGGUGGGAGUCUGAGGUACCUUUGAGCCCCCAACCCCCAUCGAUCAUUCCGCCCUCAUUCGCCAACAUAGAUUUAUUCCGGGGGGGGGGGGUUAGGGAUUCCUCGUGAGAGGCGGUUCAAGUUUCUCGCCCGAUGGGGUCGGAAUAUUCAGAGACGAUGAAAAGAACGACAGGAAUUACUGAACACCACCAAGUGAAACCGCACGAAAUAGGUUUUAAAAGGCUUCAACUUGUUCUUCUAUUGUCACAAGUUUUUCGAAUACUUAUUGCUUGAAACUAAACAGGCCGAAAAGCAAUAAAAACACACCAAUAUUCACAUUAGUUAAUGGCACUUAUGUAAUAAACAUCAUCCAUAAUAAAAUGCUCUUUUUGUUUUCACUGGCAUUAUAAGUUUACCGUGAAUAUCUUCCACCCUUCAUUUGAUGUUGACAUCGUGGUCGAAAGAGUCACUGUUGUCAAUAAUGCUUCAGCUACUGAAUGCCACAAAAAUAAAGUCUGAUUCCGACACGGUACUGCAUUAAAGAUGGCAAACCGCGCAGAACUGCAGAUGUUGGAUAUGACUUAGGAAGACCAUGGCAAACCGCGCAGAACUGCAGAUGUUGGAUAUGACUUAGGAAGACCAUG